UCCAGCUCUUCCUCAAAACUGCAAACGUAAUCGUAGACAUGCGCAGUUCCGCACUGCCAGCAGCUUUGUUGGAUUGCUAGCUGCUAGCUGCUCUGCUAACCAACAAGCAUUUCCUGCCUGUGGACUGGACACAGCUAUGGAUAUCGACGCAUUGUUGGAAGCGUUUCAAGAUUUUGAGAAAAGGGGGAAGAAAGAGAUCUGUCCCACGCUUGAGCAAUUCCUGUGUCAUGUCGCCAAAACGGGACAACCGAUGAUCCCGUGGUCACAGUUCAAAACAUACUUCUUGUUUAAGCUGGAUAAAGUGAUGGAGGACUUUCAUGCUUCAACGCCAGAGGAGAGAGACACUCACGAUCCCAAUGUGGAAUAUAUUCCUUUUGAAGAAAUGAAGAAAAGGAUCUUAAAGAUUGUGGAUGGUUACAAUGGGAUUCCAUUCACCAUUCAGCGGCUGUGUGAGCUGCUUACAGAUCCCAGGCGUAAUUACACGGGGACAGACAAGUUUCUCAGAGGUCUGGAAAAGAAUGUAAUGGUGGUUAGCUAUCUGCAUUCCACGUCAGAGAAAAAUGGGACAUCAACUAUGAACAGAAUGAAUGGGGUGAUGUUUCUUGGAAACACUGCUCUAUAUUCAGACAGCAGUCGAAAUGUGAAUGGACCAGGCAUGCCCAAAACACUCAACAGACCAAAGCUGUCGUCGUCAUCUUCACUCUCCACCAACGGACUCCCAGAGUGUCCAGCCAGUAAAGAGACAGACGCGAUCCCUGAACCCGAGGAGCACCAUCUGAGUGAAACACCCCCUUCCGAAGAUGAGGUGAAACCAAAAUAUGGAAUAAAGAACAAACAUCCAGAAGAAGACGAAGAAUCUGAUGGUAACAAGCAGGAGUCCAAGAAACUGAAGACUGGCGAAAAAGAAGACGACACAGAAAGAGAAGAAACCGAGUCGUCUUGUCAUGAAGAACCAGAGAGCUCCUUAGAGACGCCGGAGUCAGAAGAGAAAACUCGUGGUGAAGAUGGCGACAGCGAAACAUCCAGCGACACACCCUGCAUAUCAGACAGUCACGAGCAAACAAGCACACAGUCUGAUCCACCUGGGAGUCCAGAAGAGUCUAAUGAGGUUGGUGCUGCCAUCAGUGUUCAGAGCAGCAUCUCUGAGGACCAGGCGGAGCAAGCUGCUCCAUCAGAGACACAUUCAACCGUCGAGCAGGACAGUGCCGUGUGCAGCAGCAGCAGCAGCAGUGAGGAGGAGGGCUUACCCAGUGAAAAGGUGUCUUCUUGUAGUAAUUCCCCGGAGCUGUCAACAGAGGGUGGUGCUGAAACUUCAGACAGUGCAGAGACGGCAUUAGAACCCGGAGAACACGACUAACCUGAAAGGCAUGCCAGCUGACUUGUUUUUUUACACUGUAUGAUACAACCCCAAGGGUAUAUCUGUAGCACUGUGGACCUUUAGGCUUCAGGACCAAGAGACGUGUGGACCUGGAGACUUCUUAGAAGGAUCUUGAUGUCCUCUUCUGUUUCAGCUUCUCACGGCCACUGGUCACCAGAUCUUUAAACUGGAAGAUAAUGAUUUGACAUAACGAGGACUGCCUUUUUCACAAUACAAAAUGUUUUCUAACCUUUUUCCUUUUCUUAAUUUUUUUAUAUCUAAACAUGUAAUUUAACAAACAUAUAGUAAUUUCCUUAGUUAUUGUGUGUUUAUUUCAAUGCUGAAGCAUUUGACAAAGUUGUUUUAGGCCAAGCACAAUAGUUUCAGCUGUUUAUUUUUAUUUUUUAUGAAUGCCGUCUCAAGAUAUAUGAGGACACUUUUAAUUGGUAAAGUGAAGCAAAACGUCAUAGACAUCUGCAUAUAAUUUGUAUAAAGCACAUACCAUAAAUAUAUUGCUCGUCUUUCUCCACUCCACCCCAUUGAAAAGCUGUGGAAAAUGUUGUUUUGCUUUGUCUCUGUAUGAAGCCAAUAUAACAGUUGUGCCAGUAGGGAGUUGUUUUUUUCCAGUUCCAACUCUGGAACAAAACACAAGGUACUUUCACUUUCUGUGUGUCACACCCUAGUUGUACAGCUCUCUCUUUUGAUAAUUCAGAUUUUUACAGUACUUAUCUGUAAAUAAGCUUUUGAAGAUUUGUAAUACAUGUCCACAUCCUUUGUAAAACUGACUGCUGGGAACUGAAGGGUGGAGCUUGUGUGAUAGCAUUCACGGGAAGCAAUAAAAGCUCAAAUUUGAAUUGG